GCCGAGCAGGAGCGCCUGCUGCUCUCCGUGCUGCCCCAGCACGUGGCCAUGGAGAUGAAGGAGGACAUCAACACCAAGAAGGAGGACAUGAUGUUCCACAAGAUCUACAUCCAGAAGCACGACAACGUCAGCAUCCUCUUCGCGGACAUCGAGGGCUUCACCAGCCUGGCGUCGCAGUGCACGGCGCAGGAGCUCGUCAUGACGCUCAAUGAGCUCUUUGCGCGCUUUGACAAGCUGGCAGCGGAGAACCACUGCCUGCGCAUCAAGAUUCUGGGCGACUGCUACUACUGUGUGUCGGGGCUGCCGGAGGCGCGUGGGGACCACGCACACUGCUGCGUGGAGAUGGGGGUUGACAUGAUCGAGGCCAUCUCGCUGGUGCGCGAGGUGACAGGGGUGAACGUGAACAUGCGCGUGGGCAUCCACAGCGGGCGCGUGCACUGCGGCGUCCUGGGGCUGCGCAAGUGGCAGUUCGACGUCUGGUCCAACGACGUGACCUUGGCCAACCACAUGGAGGCGGGCGGCAAGUUCUCGUGCAGCCGCGUGGCCCUGCGGGACUGUGUCGCCCGCGAGCUCAACGUCACCCCUGCCGCCGUGGGGCCCUGCCAGCUCCACGCGCUCAACUACUCGCUGGGCGCCACGGGCCCCUGUCAUCACGACGGCCCGGCCUGCCACUUCCCCGAGUACUUCAGCCACAGCGUGGUGCUCAGCCUGCUCGCCUGCUCCGUCUUCCUGCACCUGAGCAGCUCGGGGAAGCUGCUGCUCACGCUGCUGCUGGGGGGCACCUACCUGCUGCUGGCCGAGGGCCCCCACGCCGCCCUCUUCGACAACUACGACCUGCUCGUGGUGGCCAACACGCUGCCAGCGCUUAACGGGACCCAAGGCCAAUGCGCGGCGGAGGGGAAGGUGGCUCUGAAGUACGUGACGCCGGUGGUGCUGGCCGUCUUCGCGCUGGCGCUCUACCUGCACGCGCAGCAGGUCGAGUCCACCGCGCGCCUCGACUUCCUCUGGAAGCUGCAGGUAGGACGGGGCGAGCGCAUCAUCAGCGAGCAGAAGUACCGCCAGCUGGAGAAGAUCAAGACCAUCGGCAGCACCUACAUGGCGGCGGCGGGGCUCAACGCCAGCACCUACGACCGCGAGGGCCGCAGCCACGUGGCGGCCCUGGCCGACUACGCCAUGCAGCUCAUGGAGCAGAUGAAGUACAUCAACGAGCACUCCUUCAACAACUUCCAGAUGAAGAUCGGUGAGCGCCUCACCACGCGCCGGGGGUCCUGCAUGCACCGUCCCCUCUGCACAUGCAGUCCCCACGGCCCUUCCGCACCACUUUGCACGCACUGGUCCUUGCACACCCCUUCCUUUCUGUACACACAGCCCUAG